UGUGUAGCAGAAAACCAUGGGCAAUUUCAAGGGUCAUGCCCUCCCUGGGAGCUUUUUCAUUCUUUUUGGCUUGUGGUGGUCAGUGAAGUAUCCACUGAAGUAUCUCUGUCGAAAAAACAAGAACGCCUGCUACCUUGGCUCCAGGGCAGGAUUUCAGCGCCUGGAGUUUGUUGAGGGGAUCAUCAAAGCUGUCUUUGCCCUGAUUGGAAUGGUGGCUGAGCAGUUUGUUCCUGAUGGACCUCACCUGAAGUUGUAUAAUUAUGAGGAAAAACACUGGGAUCACUUGGUGAACUGGCAGCAUGCCACCAUGUAUCUCUUCUACGGCAUUUCGGGGCUGGUUGACAUUGUGGCUCAUGGGACGAACGCGUUGCCAGUGGCCAUGGACCGAAUGAUGCUUUCGUUAGCAGUUUUUAUUGAAGGUUUUCUCUUCUGUUACCACCUUCAUGGGAGAGCCAUGCUGGAUGUUCAUGUUCAUCAGUUAUUGUUAAUUGCUAUCUUUGGAGCAGCUGUUUGCAUAUUUCUGGAAGUUUUCUUCCGUGGCAGUAUUGUCCUAGAGAUGCUCCGUACAAGCCUCUGCAUAUUACAAGGUAGCUGGUUCUGGCAGAUUGGCUUUGUUCUUUAUCCUCCAAAUGGGAGCCCAGAGUGGAAUCAGAUGGAUCAUACUAAUAUGAUGUUUCUGACAAUGUGCUAUUGCUGGCAUUACGCUUUUGCUUUUCUUAUCCUUGCAGUGAAUUAUACAAUUGUCAGCUGGGCAGUUCGUUCAAAGAUUAAAAAGUCCCAAUCCAUGGAGCUGGGGUUACUGAAAACAUCUGAACGGGACCAGGAGUCCGAAGAUGAAAUUUAGUAUGAAUGGGACUUUACUACUUUGCCCACUCUACUAUUAGGCUAGUUGUUACCUCAUUUCUAGGCUUUUUUACCAUCUUAUUCAUCCUUUAUACAACUUGCUAUGCAAAUAUCGUCCUUGGGAGUACUGUAUACAUCUGCAUAGUUAGAUCGUUAUUGCAGAAGUUAAGCUAGAUGUGUGGUGAUUCCAAUACCUUGCUUACGAAGUACAUCAAUGGAAAAACAGAUUAAUAUUAGACAGACUUGGACUGGAUGAAGUGGCAUUACCAAGUCUGCGAGUUAGACUCAUUAACAGCUAAGUAAAAUG